UCUAAAAAAGUACGUAUAGAAACAGGAAAACGAAGACGGCAUCAGUACACACCACAAUGUCUGCGACUAACAGGCUGAGGAAGGAACUUGCUGAGAUCCAUAAAUGUGGGCAGAAGAAUUUCUGCAACAUUCAAGUAGAUGAAUCAAAUACCCUUCUCUGGCAAGCGCUCAUAGUUCCUGACUGUCAUCCAUAUGACAAAGGAGCAUUCAAGAUUGAGAUCAUCUUCCCUACUGAAUAUCCCUUUAAGCCUCCCAAAAUCACCUUCAAGACAAAAAUCUACCAUCCCAACAUCGAUGACAAAGGUCAGGUCUGCCUGCCCAUCAUCAGUGCGGAUAACUGGAAGCCAGCCACAAAAACCUCACAGGUAAUUCAGAGCCUCAUCAACCUGGUGAAUAGCCCUGAGCCCGAGCACCCAUUGAGGGCAGACCUGGCAGAGGAAUACACAAAAGAUAACGCAAAAUUCUUGAAGAAUGCCGAAGAUUUCACGAAGCGACACAGUGAAAAGCGACCAGUGGACUAACGACACAACACUGACACUCAUGGCUGCCGGCCUGUUUCCUGUUGAAAGAGUUCACUGUUUUUAUCUUCUAUCCUCUCAGAAAUGCCCUGAUCUCUUGUCCCUGCAUUGUUUUCACACUCUGCUACCACUCCUUAAUCAGAGACUUGUGUUUCUGUUCACUUAGCUAAAGAGAGAGAGAGAGAGGAAGCAAGACUUUUUGGUGACUGGGCAGCCUCCGGCCUCUAGGUGUCACUUUUUAUUUUGUCAAUGACUUCUUUCUACUGAUUUCUUUUUAGGAAAAAAAACAAACAAACAAAAAAUUCUAAAAGGUGGCAUCAGGGACAGUAAAAUGUUGGAAAUAAUCAAAAUCAUGUUCUGCAUAGUUAAUUGUUGAAUGUUUUCUCAGAGUAAACAUGAAUUUAAGCAAACUUGUUUACAUAUUUGUCUUCAAAUGUUAUCAUGACACAGCAUCUAAUGCUGUUUUUUUUAUAAUUGUUUCUCUCUUGUUUCCAUUUUAUCCCUUAAGAUGCACCAAAAAAAAAAAUCCCAUCGCAAUCCCAACAUUUAGUAAAAUGAAAAUACAACAUUAAUGUGUCCCUUUAAAAUGUUUUUGUAUUUUGAGAUGAUCUUACCAGAUCUGUUAGUCUAUAAAUACAACCAGUGAGCAUUAUUGUCCGUUUUCAGCAGGUUGGAUGCUACUACUGGAUGCCACAAAUGGUUCUGAAGGCAUGUCACAGUUCUUUUGUUCUUAAAAUGUGUUGUUAGUGAUCGUUUUGCAACUUGUUCAAACACUGGUGACCGAAAUAAGAAAAACAUUGGCCUUUAAACGUCUAAAAGAAAUCGCACAGGGUUGCUGUUUAAGUUCACCCCGCCAUCCAAUCACAGCACUGAUUAUAUUUUCAUAUUAAGAGUAAGAAAGCUUUUUUUUUUUUUUUAUAGAACUUUAAUGGUUUUAAUUGAACCCGCAUUGUUCAUUGUUUAAUAUGGCAGCACCAGCUGUAUUCGUGUCGACACAUCCCGUAUAAGGCGAUUCAUCCAAUGGCAGGUGAAUGACAGAAGGUCACUGAAUAAAGAUUUGUGAUGGAUGCUUAAUAAAA